AGACUGGUUUUCAAUCAUUCAGUACGAUUCUCUAUAAUGGUUGAUGAUCUUGUUGAUUCUCCGUUAGCUCGCCAUGGCUUCACUGGACGUUGUGUACGAGGGAAGCGAGUACUUGGUCAAACACAUGUUGCUAUGGGUGAUGACCUGGCGGGGUUGUCGGUUUGGACUGAAAACUGCUAUGCUCCCGACCCGCUGUAUAGGAAGACCAAGCUCAUAUGCACUAUGGGACCAUCAUGUUGGGAUGUUGAUACCUUGGUGAAGAUGAUCGAUCAGGGUAUGAACGUGGCGAGGUUCAACUUCUCUCAUGGUGACUUUGAGACCCAUAGUAGAACUCUGAGGAAUUUGAUGGAUGCACUCAGGGAGCGGCCAAAUAAGGACGUUGCUGUCAUGCUCGAUACCAAGGGACCCGAGAUCCGUUCGGGUUUCUUCGCCGCUGGUGGUAAGGUCGAGCUCGAGGCCGGUCAGGACUUGAUCCUCACCACUGAUUACUCCUUCAAGGGUGAUGCUCAUAAGAUCGCCUGUACCUAUGAGAAGCUCCCCCAGAGUGUCAAGCCCGGUUCCAUCAUCCUUAUGGCUGAUGGUACGGUUAACCUGGAGGUUGUUGAGUGCUACGAGGACAGCGUUAAGACUCGUGUCUUGAACCACGCUAUCAUCGGUGAGCGUAAGAACAUGAACCUCCCCGGCGUCAGAGUCGACCUUCCCUGCAUUGGUGAAAAGGAGGCCAACGAUAUCCUCAACUGGGGACUUCCUAACGGAAUCGAUUUCAUUGCCGUCUCCUUCGUCCAGCAUGGUGAUGAUAUUCGUGAACUGCGGAAGGUGUUGGGAAGUCGUGGUCGGAAGGUUCAGAUCAUCUCCAAGAUCGAGAGCACUGAGGGUCUUAGGAACUUUGAUGAUAUCCUUGAGGCUUCCGAUGCCAUUAUGAUUGCUCGUGGUGAUCUUGGUAUGGAGAUGCCCCCUGAGAAGGUCUUCCUCGCUCAGAAGAUGAUGACUGCUCGCUGCAACCUCGCUGGCAAGCCCGUCAUCACCGCUACUCAGAUGCUCGAGUCCAUGAUCGAGAACCCCAGACCCACUCGUGCUGAGGUCAGUGAUGUUGCUAACGCCGUUCUCGACGGUUCUGAUGGUGUUAUGCUAUCUGGUGAAAGUGCAAGUGGCAAGUUUCCUAUCAGUGCAGUUCACUUCCAGCGCUCCAUCUGUGAGGUUGCUGAGCAUUCAAUCGACCAUGAUGCCCUUUACUGUCGCAUUCGCCAGGCUGUUAUCAACACCCACCCACAAGGUAUGUGUUAUGCUGAAGCGGUUUGUACAUCAGCGGUUAAAGCAGCUCUCGAGUGUGAUGCUUCCCUCAUAAUAGCUCUCACUGAGACCGGCAACACCGCCCGACUUAUAGCCAAGUACAGACCACCUCAACAGAUAUUGGCUCUGUCUCGGUUUGAGUCAACUGUGAAGCACUUAUCCCUCUGUAGAGGCGUUAUUCCUCUACAAGUGCCCUCGUUCCAAGGUUCUGAUCAUAUACUACAUAAUGCACUCGCACAUGCUACGCAAAUGGGGAUGUGCCGAGUUGGCGACAAAGUUGUUGCCGUCCAUGGUAGACAAGAUUCGACCCCUCGUGCUUGUAAGCAGGUGAAGAUUCUUGUUGUGGAGUGAAGUUAUCAGCUGUUUUUAUUGUAAAUAUUGUCCAUUUGACUGCUGUUCUCAAAGUAGUCGUUGGCAGAUACUCCUAUUCAGUAUCAGUGUUGUUGACCAUCGUGGCAGGUUUCUCAAUCUUUUUCUAAGUUUCCCUCUCCCCCUAGAGAGUAUACAUCACUAGUAAGCUUAGUAUGAGCUAGUUCACUCACCAAUCGCAGUUACUGCGUACACCUUGUAGGGUUGAUGUGUCUUAAACCAUCUACCUCUUGCUAAUCUUCCGCCUUAUCGACUUCCUUGCUAUUGGUGAUGCCAAG